AUGGCUGACAGUGAAAAUGCUUUCAUGGAGACGACCAUUCAGUCGAUAAAGCCGAACAGUUCGGAGCUGUUAGCGACUACCAAUCCUAAAGAUGAUACAACCCAAGAAGACCUAAGUAAUGGAAACGAUGAUGAUACUGGACCAAUGCAACUGGAAAGUUUGUGUAUGAAUUGCCAUGAGAACGGUGUCACGAAAAUCCUCCUCCUUCGAAUUCCAUUCUUUAGAGAUGUUCUUCUAGAAUCGUUUGAAUGCCCGCAAUGUUUUUUUAAGAAUAAUUCUAUCAAGGCAGCCGGCCAAAUUCAAGAGCAAGGGGCCAAGUAUACCCUUGAAGUGGAAGAUUCUCGUGACUUCGAGAGGCAGGUUAUCAAAAGCGACUCAGCGAUUUUCCGACUAGAUACUCUGGGGAUAGAAAUGCCGAAAGGUGAUGGUCAACUCACAAACGUGGAGGGAAUACUUGCUAGAAUUCUCGAGCAGCUUGAAGGUAAUCAACCGGAACGAAAAACUGCAGAUCCCGAGUUGUAUAAUUCGUUAGAGACAAUUAUCCAGAAACUGAAGAAGAUGGUCCAUCGCGAAUCAUUUCCUUUUACGAUUACACUCGAUGACCCAUCGGGAAACUCGUGGAUUGCACCGGCACCGCAUGAUGAAGGAAACAAAUAUCGACGCAAGGACUAUCCUCGAACCCGUGAGCAAAACGAAGAACUCGGAAUUGGAGGAGGCGGAGAAGUCGACAAAUCCAAAACAGGUGCAAAUAUGGUUGUAAGUGCUGGCGAUCCAGACGACCUCGAUAUUAUAGACGGAAAAGUCUAUAGUCUUCCAGCAGAAUGCCCUGGUUGCACGAAGGUAAGCACUGUCAACAUGCAGAAGGUUGAUAUCCCGCAUUUUAAAGAGGUUUUUAUCUGGAGCACCGUAUGUGACCACUGUGGGUACCGUACAAAUGAGGUAAAGACCGGAGGAGCCAUUCCAGAGAAAGGACAACGCAUAACUCUCAAAGUCGAAGGCAUUGAGGAUUUGUCCCGUGAUAUUCUUAAGUCAGAUACGUGUGGAAUUGCAAGUGAAGAACUGGAUCUCUCUGUGCAACCCGGCACUCUUGGUGGCAGAUUUACGACCAUAGAAGGUCUUUUAACCCAGGUGCGAGACCAACUUCACGGCCAGAUUUUCGAAAUUGGCAACGAAGACCUUGCUCCAGGUGACUCCAUGGCUGCCGAGGACAAGGCUACUUGGGAUCGGUUCUUUACCAAACUCAACGCUGCUAUCAAAGGCGACUUGAAGUUUACGAUUACUUUGGAAGAUCCUCUAGCGAACAGUUAUGUUCAAAACCUUUGUUUACCAAAGCCUGACCCACACCUGCAUCUUGAAGAGUAUACAAGAACGGAUGAGGAAGAAGACGAACUUGGAUUGAAAGAUAUGAAGACAGAAGGUAAUGAGGCAAUAUGUGUUACUCAAGGACACUUGUACAUGUCCCUGAAAUCCAGUGGGAUUCCCGGCAUGAAUUUGACAUCCAAAAAGAAUGAUGUUAGGAUCGGAGACAAUUUAAUUCCAGUUAAAGAGCUUGUUUCUCGUGGGCACUUGAAACAAACUACUGGCAAGGCAAAUUUUGAUGCUAAAACCGCGAAAAAUAAAGUUAUCCAUACAUGUCUGGAGCCUGAUUUAGAAGACCAGAUAGGUUGUGACGAAGACAAUCUUUUGUGA